UCCUAACCUCACCUCAACCCCGUCACAUCCUCUUCACCUGCUUAAGCUUGAUCAAGAUGGCUUCUAGAGAUGAUGCACGCGCGCACCGCCACCGCGAUGAGCGUUCCUCUCACCAGGACACGACGCGCUCUUCGACGCGUCGACAACGUGGGAGGCGCUCCCAAAGCCCCGGCUCAUCACGACGGCGCUCUAGAUCACCACAUCGUCGGCCUCACGCAGCCGCGCAGCUCCCCUUCUCCGCGCGGCAGCUUUCCAAGACAGAAUUACCCGUGUUCAGGUCAUUGUUUGGGUAUUAUCUCAGCGUGCAGAAACAGAUUGAGCUUGAGGACAUUGACGAGAGAGAGAUCAAGGGACGGUGGAAGAGUUUCGUCGGCAAAUGGAACCGAGGGGAGCUGGCAGAGGGCUGGUAUGAUCCCGAGAUGUUCGCCCGCAUCAGCGCCGAAUCACGCCAACCUCGAAUGAGUGAAGCUCAAGAGGACACCAGGGUAAUAUCGCCAAACCAGGUAUCACACCAGCCUGCACGCGAGGACGAUCAAGGAGACAGCGGGGAUGACUAUGGUCCGGUGCCUCCGCCUGCUGGACGCGUCGGUCCGGGCGCGCCGUCCCUGCAAGACCUCGAGCACAGAGACGAGUUGCUGGAGGUAGACCGCGCAAACUCGCGCUCCGCGUUGCAGUCGGCCAGGAAAGCCGAUCGCGCACUGCAAAAGGAGCGUCUAGAUAACAUCGCACCCCGCGCGGACGCAGGCACCCGGGAGCGCAAGCUCGAGAACCGCGCCGCCGUCAACGCCAAGAUGCGCGAGUUCCGCGACCGCUCACCGGGCGCCAUGGAGGCGAACGAGCGGGAGGUCAUGGGCGAUGAUGGCGUUGACGAGUACAAACGGAUGAAGAAGGAGCAGGAGAGGAAGAAGAGCGAGCGCGAGAUUCGACGCGAGGAGAUGGACAGGGCGCGCCAGGAGGAGAUGGAGGAGAAGCGGAGGAAAUGGAGAGAACGAGAGGAGGGCACGGUCAAUAUGCUCAAGCAACUGGCCAAGGAGAGGUUUGGUUGAGUCGAUGAACGGCCACUUGUUCCCCGUCGUCAAAGUCUGGGACAGUGAAAUCAAGCUCCCUCACACACUGUGCCGUGGGUGGAGGCGAGUGCCGCAACGACAGUGCAAACUUUGACCUCAGGCACCAUCAUCAACAGGGCAUCGCACGACGACGCACAGGCGAGUGGAAGCG